GUGCGGGCACCAGAGGGCGGCAGCGGCGGACGUGGCCAACGAAGAAGACAAAACCCGGAAGUUAGCCGAGUCGUUGAUCCGCAGCGUCAAGCUCAAAGUUAUUUUAUUUCAUCUUUUAUUUUUAUUUUAUUUUUUUUCCCCCACGUCACGCCCCAUCCAGCAUGACAGACGUGUGGCAGAGUGCCAUGGACCAUGCCGUCGCCGUGGCGCGAAAAGCUGGACAGAAGAUGGUGCGUGAUGCGGUGGGGAGCGUGCAAAAGGAGGCGGUGAUGGUGAAAAGUUCGUCCAUCGACUUGGUGACGCAGACGGACCAGAAGGUCGAGAAACUCAUCAUCCAAUCGGUCAAGGAGAAAUUCCCGACACACUGCUUCAUAGGGGAGGAGUCUGUGGCCGCAGGAGAAGCUUGCGUCCUGACCGAUGCGCCCACGUGGAUCAUCGACCCCAUCGACGGGACCACCAACUUCGUUCACACCUUCCCUUUCGUCGCCGUUUCCAUCGGAUUCUCCGUCAACAAGCAGGUGGAGUUUGGCGUGGUGUACAGUUGCUUCCAGGAUCAGAUGUACACGGCCCGCCGGGGGAGGGGCGCCUUCUGCAACGGCGAGCCGCUGCAGGUUUCCCAGCAGCAAGACAUCCAGCAGGCCAUCAUCGCCACGGAGUUCGGGUCCAACAGAGACCCUCAAACGGUGGACAAGAUCUUCUCCAGCCUCAAAAGGGUCGUCAGCAUUCCUGUCCACGGCCCUUGUCCCGUCGAUGACGACGAUGACGAUGAUGACGAUGGCGCUCGCUCACGUGUGGUCGCAGGGUGCGCGGCACAGGAAGCGCAGCCAUCAACAUGUGCCUGGUGGCGUCCGGCUGCGUGGAGGCGUACUACGAGAUCGGCAUCCACGUGUGGGACGUCGCCGCCGGGUCGCUCGUCGUCGCCGAGGCCGGCGGCGUCCUGAUGGACGUGGAGGGAGGCCCGCUGGACUUGAUGUCCCGCCGCGUUUUGGCUGCCAACAAUCAGAGCGUCGCCGAGCGUCUCGUCAAAGAAAUCGACGCGUUCAGUGUGCGCCGAGAUGACGUGGCAUCAUGACCUCUGCGUUUGGCAUCAAUAAGUAACAAAUCUUACAUUUUGCUGGCGUCAGUCCCAAACCUCCUUUGGUCAACUUUGGUCAAUGUCAUAAGAGAAUUUUCACAUAAAAGAUUAUGACCUACCCCACAAAUAAAGAUUCCAAAAAAAAAAUAA